CGACCCUAUGCAAAGUGACUAGCAUUGAUACAUUGUGGGAGGCAACAAAUCUGCCCAUGGACAGUGGUGGAAAAGUCAUGAUCAGAAGUGUCUGUUUGUCCACUCCACGGUCCUGGGCGUGACUGUGAGACCAGGCUGCCAUCUGCGAGGCCCUAGCUAGAGAUGGACAUUGAGGUGGGCAUCCUGGAGGAGGACAUGGAGGGCUCGUGGACCCUGCUAUCGUGGCUGGCCUCCUGUGUAAUGGUGUUUGGAGGGACCCUGCCCUACCUUCCUCAGUACCAGGAGAUCCAGAGGAGCAGCAUCACUGAGGGAUUCUCCACCCGCGUCUGUCUGCUUCUGCUCAUCGCCAACAUCCUACGCAUCUUCUGGAUGGGGAAGCAGUUUGAACUGACUCUGCUCCUCCAGAGUGUUGUGAUGAUCAUUACCAUGCUGGCUAUGCUCCAUCUCUGCUGCAACAUCCAGCACACCAACCGCGUCAGCACCAAAAAGCGCCACUUCACAGAUCUGGACCUGUGCUACUUCUGGAGCUGGAAUGCGUUUGAGGAAUACCUGCUGUUCUGCUUUGCCUUCACGGUGCUGUGUGCCUUCCUCACCCUGCUCCUGCUGGACUCUGUGCUGUUUGUGGAGGGCCUAGGCUCCCUGGCUAUGCUGUUCGAUGCCAUCAUGGGGGUGCCACAGCUGCUGCAGAACUUCCACAACCACUCCACCCUCGGCAUGAGGUGAGUGAGUGGCCUGGCUGUAACACACUCCAUGAACCCUGUGUGGUGUAUACUGUAUGUCAAUAGGCUGUUGGUCGACAGAGUUUUUUUUUUUCUUGAGCGGUCGCAAAUUUAUUUAGAUUUUUUUUAUGACAUACAAGACACCUGUCUGAUUCGCGCCUUCUCAGUGGACUAAUCAUUGCGGAGGCCGCUGGGAUGGCACAGUCCAUCACUCUAAGACUUUGUACAUUGUAUAUUGUAUAUGAUUUAGGGCUGUCCGUUGGCCGACCAAAAGUAAUCUGUUCUUUCAACCAAUCGAUUGGUCGAAAUUUUUAAACUUGCAUUUUUCCAUAUAUAGACACACCCUAUGUGUUAUAAUAAAAAUCAAUCAAUCAAA